AUGGCUCUAAAGAAAGCAACUCAAACAGCAGCACUCAAACAAAUCCUCAAAAAGUGUUCUAGCUUUGGAAAAAAUGAAAAUGGCCUGCCCCAUGAUGUCCCAAAAGGACAUUUUGUGGUAUAUGUGGGAGAAAAUAGGAGCAGAUACAUAAUUCCCAUUUCUUGGCUGACACAUCCUGGAUUUCAAAGCUUGCUUCAAAGGGCUGAAGAAGAGUUUGGAUUUAACCAUGAUAUGGGAAUUACUAUUCCUUGUGAUGAAGAUCAUUUCUGCUCUCUAAUUUCAAACUCCAGUUGA